ACGUCAUUGUUUACGCCCAUUGUUACAGGAAGUUUGAACUUAGUGAUCUGUCAAAACGAAAGGAGAGAGUUUUGAAGAACUGUAUGGUUAUUAUUUAACACAAGGUCGUACGAGUCCAGUUAUAUUCAAUUCCUCUUAUUAUACCAAUAAUUGAAAGUAAAUAAUCAGUGCCUUUGACGUUAAAGGACGAAUACAGAGGAGAACUGCAAGAUCAUGCGGUCAAACCGGCGGGACGCUUCAACCUUUUAAACGGAUGGUGACUUAUAAAAACAGUGAAUUAAUUUACAGAUUUUGUGCAUUGUCUUCAUCUUCUACAAAAUGACCUCUCUAUACAACAAGGGGAAAUUUCGCCUUAUUUCUGCGUUCGUAAGUGCACUUAACAGAAAAAGGACGUAUCAUUAUUACUUAUCAAGUCCUGACACAAAGCUCGAUCUGCUUUUGAGAAGUUCAGUAAGGUUGGUCAAAGAGUUAAGCACUUCAGUUCAAACUCUGCAGUAUGACCAGACAAAAUCUGACAUCACUAAGUCUCGCAACAGGAAGUUAUUUUUUGACACUCAUGCAAUGGUUCAACUACUGGAGGACAGCGGUUUCACAACCCAGCAGGCCGAGGUCAUUGUCAGGACGAUGGUGAAUAUCACAAAUUCCAAUAUGGAUGUCAUGUACAGUGACAUGGCUACCAAGAUACAGCAAGAGAUCAUGUUACAGAAGGUUAUGUCUCAUAUUGCUGCAUUAAAAAAGGACAUGAUCAUUCUGGAGCGGAGUGAAUUCUCAGCAUUACUGGCAGAUAAUGAUAAAAUCAAGGUUGAGCUUUUAGAGUUAAAGACACAGCUUGUUGAUGUGAUGAACAAAAGGCGUUCAGACAUUAUUUUGGAUCUGAAUAUAGAAAAAAGUCGAGUGAAGGAAAUGACUGCAGAUUUUGAAAGAAAGCUUAUUGGGACUAAGAAUGAAUUGCUUGAAAUGCAUUCCGAGCAGGAUCGCCAUGUGACACAGACAAACAUGAAAAUCGAUACAGAGGUGGCUGGCCUGAAGACUUUGCUUGAGGCACAUAAACUGGAUUCCAUCAAAUAUCUUGCAGGUUCAAUAUUCACAUGUCUCACAGUGGUUCUUGGAUUCUAUCGAAUUUGGAUGUGAAUCUCAGGGGACUUUCUUUUCAAGAAAAUUUCUUAUCAGCUUUAGGUCAUUGAAAGUGCUGUGGCAUUCACAGACAUCCAAUGGGAGCAAUUUUACUGCUUAUUUAUGUUUAUUCUAUUGGGAAACUAAACAUUUUUAAAUACCUAGGUCAGAAGUAAAGCAUUUUUGCAUCAAGGUCUUUGAGUUCACGUCUGAUACAAUCAUACUGUAUAUACAGUAUAUAAAUAUAUUCUACAUUCAAAAAUUCUUUGACCAAAACAAUUUUUUGUCAUUUUACAAAAAACCUUUAAAACAAUUCAUUUUUAUCUUUAAAAAAAUGCAGUAUAAUACACCGCAUGUUAUUAGAUAAAAUGGCAAAAGUCAUUUAAGGAUCAUGAGACAUUUUUUGUCCUACUUCUGGGAGCAGUACACCUGUUGUCAACUGUAUAUGCCUACAAAGCUUGAAAAAAUGAGUAGUGCCUGAUUCCUAUGAGACUUCAAUUGCACUGUUUCUGUGUGUCAUGUUAUUGUUGUAUAAUGUUGUUUGUCAUAUUCCUGUAUCUGCUAUUGGGAACAAGUAGCAAUGCCAUGACUGAGUUAAAUUCCCAAAUAACACAUGCACACUGAGAUGAAACAUGAAAUUCAAUCCUUUGCAUAAAAACAUUAAAUGCUCUUUUACUGAGAAUUUAUACGCACAAGAUGUACAAGAAUAUUUAUGUAUUUGUAUAAUAUGUGAUAUUAAAAGACUAAAUAUUAUAGAAAGUAAAUAUGAUGAAUGUAUUAUUAUGUCAUUGAGAUCAAUAAACUGAACAAUACUUUGUUUUGGA